GUCACCAGCCCGACGCCUUCUGACCCGGAAGGAACAAUUCCGAGCCCCGCCUCCUAAGAGCCGCUGGGGAGGACUCUGUCAAGCUUCGAGAGGCUCGCGGAGUUUCCUGGCAUCAACACGGAAGUAACAUCUAGCCGGAAGUUUUAGGGCUCGCCUUGGGAGGGGUGGGGGCGGGGAGCCGCAGGCCGGCUGCGGGCAGAAUGGCGGCUCAAAUUCCAAUCGUGGCUGCUACCUCUACUCCCACCGUAGCUAGGAACAGCAAGAAGAGGCCGGCUAGCCCUUCUCACAACAGCAGCGGAGGGGGAUAUGGUGCUAGUAAGAAGAAAAAACUGUCGGCCUCCGGCUUUGCUCAGGGUGUCAGCAUUGAAGCCAUGAGUGAGAGUAAAAUGGCGUCCUCUGAGUUAAGCUCAGGGCCUGUGGAGAAAGCUGCCAAGCCGUUGCCAUUUAAGGAUCCCAACUUUGUGCACUCUGGCCAUGGCGGUGCAGUAGCUGGCAAGAAGAAUAGAACCUGGAAGAACCUCAAACAGAUCCUCGCUGCUGAAAGGGCGUUGCCAUGGCAACUGAACGAUCCUAACUACUUUAGUAUUGAUGCCCCUCCAUCCUUUAAGCCAGCUAAGAAGUAUUCUGAUGUUUCUGGCCUUCUCGCCAACUACACAGACCCUCAGAGCAAGCUGCGGUUCAGCACUGUUGAGGAAUUCUCCUACAUUCGCAGGCUGCCAUCAGAUGUGGUCACAGGUUACCUGACGCUGAGGAAGGCCACAAGCAUCGUCCCCUGAGCCUCGGAAAUGGCGAUGGGGUGGGAAUGGCCUCAAGCGGACUGCACUUGUGACUUUGUUUCAUGGAAACAAACAUUUCUACUGAAAGUCUGAAAAUGUCAACUCUGGGCUUUGGGAAGAACGCCUGGCUUCCCUGUGAGGAGUUUUUGGUUUGUUUUCUUCCUUUCCAAGUGCGACCUUCCUAGUUGAAUGAAAUCAUACUUCAGUUGUUGCCUUAUGUAAAAAUUGUUUGAUAAGAACAUGUAGUAAAAUUAUGCAUUUAAAUUAACCCACGCAAGUCCCUGAAUUUUGUUUGCAAGUUGUGAACUCUCUUCUAACGUUUUCAAAGAAUGUGCAGUGCAGACACACAGGCCUGGGUUGUUCUGGAGCCUAACAAGCGCGCUGGUCUUUCCGUGGUCGGAAGGUUCUGUGUGUUUCCUGCUGUGCAGUUGAAUGACUUUACCCAUCAUGGCCUGCCUGCUGGUGACUUAUUUGUCUCUGCUGCAUGGCGAAUUGUGGUAUUGGCUCCCAGGGGCCAAAGGAGAGACUCAGCUCUCAAAAGGAAAAGUAUUUAGCAAGGUUGAAGAACACAGAUUUUUGGAGACUUAGCCUUUAAGACCACUCCUUGCUUUUGCAGGGGACCCAGGCUUGGUUCCCAGCACUCACAUGGUGACCCACAGCUACCUCUAACACCAGUUCCAGGGCAUCCAAUACCCUCUUCUGACUUCACCAGGCGAGUACAUAAACACACACAGGCAAACUCUCAUAUAUACAAAAAUAAUAUAAUUUUUAAAAAUUGUAUUCUUUUUCUUAAGAGCACACUGAUAUCAAGACUGCUCUGAGGUGAGUCCUUCUGAUACCUGCUACAUGUCGUCCCCAUAAGAGAGAAGCUUUGAGGUGUACCUUAAAGUGACCAGAAUGUUAGAGCUUCCUCACCUUGCAGAGCUGGGGUGAGGAAGAGUUUCUAGCCACUGUGGUUAAUGCCCAUCAAAAAGCAAUACAUGCCCAUCGCUGUGGGGACUCAUGACGGCAGGAGUGGGAGGCAGCUGGCUGACCUGUAUCCACCGCUAUGACACAGAACAGACAAGUAAGGCUGGACGGUAACAGACAAGUAAGGCCUCCCUCCAGUGACCCACUUCCUCCAGACAGGGUCUACCAUUGCAACAACCUUCCAACCUGCCACCCACGCCGGGCACCAAUUGUUCCAACAUAUUUUACAUUCAGAUCACUACACCAUGUCUCCCGAGUUAAAGCACGUGUCCACCCAGACUUCAAAUGUGCUUUGUAACUGUUGAUGGCACCUUACAGAGGGCCAAAGUGUUUCCCAUCAGAUAGCACUUUUCUGAACCCACGCCUCUUGGGAAGAGAUCACAGGGCUUGACCCAUCAUCAGAUAGGCUCAGGCGGCCUAUGAAGAGGUCAUAAUGAUGGCUUCCUACAUGAAACAGUCAAGUCAAUUUCCCAUAAUGCUCUCAUCUGAGAGAAUGCAUGAACCUUAUUUGAAUCCUGGUUCAAACAGAAAGCUUACACUAUGUAUGAGACAGUUAUGAACCUGACAGACUUUGCUGUGUGAAGAUAUUUAUGAACACUUUCAGUCAGAAUGCUGGUAUCAUCCUGUUAAGGGAAGGGGUCAUAUAUUAGAGACAAAGGCUGAAACAUUUGUGCACAGAGCGAUAUGAUAUCUGGGAUUUGUUUUAGGAUGAUGUGGGAGGGAGGAAAUGGAUGGAAGUGGUGUUGAGACAAUAUUGGCCAUGAGUCAGCUAUUGUGUGCUAAGAAGUUCCUCACACCAGUCUACUCUGUAUGUGUUUGAAUUUCUCCACAAUAAACUUAACAAGGA